AUGGGUGCCCUCAAGUAUGUCGAAGAGCUCCAGAAGAAGAAGCAGUCCGAUGUGAUGCGCUUCCUUCUGCGCGUUCGCUGCUGGGAAUUGAACGUCAUCCACCGCGCCUCGCGUCCCUCGCGCCCCGACAAGGCUCGCCGCCUCGGUUACAAGGCCAAGCAGGGCUACGUUAUCUACCGUGUCCGCGUCCGCCGUGGAGGCCGCAAGAAGCCCGUCGCCAAGGGUGCCACCUUCGGCAAGCCCACCAACCAGGGAGUCAACCAGCUCAAGUACCAGCGCUCCCUCGCUGCCACCGCCGAGGAGCGUGUCGGCCGCCGCUGCGCUAACCUGCGCGUCCUCAACUCCUACUGGAUCAACCAGGACUCGACCUACAAGUACUACGAGGUCAUCCUCGUCGACCCUCAGCACAAGGCCAUCCGCACCGACCCCCGCAUCAACUGGAUCGUCAACCCCGUCCACAAGCACCGCGAGGCUCGCGGUCUCACCGCCACCGGCAAGAAGUCGCGCGGCCUCAACAAGGGCCACCGCUACAACAAGACCCGCGCCGGCCGCAGAAAGACCUGGAAGCGCCACAACACCCUCUCCCUCUGGCGCUACCGGUGGCACCGCUUUGAGAAGGGCGGUCGUCGUCGUGUCGGCGCUGUUGCUGUUGCUGCUGCUACUGUUUCUACUACAACUGGGGACAUUAACGACGACGACAAGAAAAAGACGGCUGGCGUACUAUCGGGCCCUGCUGCCGUCAGGUGUGGUUUCUGGGUGGUAUUCGGGACUGCCGCCGCGCGUUUGCGCGACGCACUUGGUAUCAUGCGCUGGAGUAUUCUGGUCUGA